AUGCCGAAUGUCAAGAAUGCAACAGUGGCUUUGAAUAGUGAAACAUUAUCAAGCAAAGAAAAUAUUCCACUGGAGCAACGAAUUAUAUUUUCAUCAAGACAUGGUUAUUUUGUCAAAAAUAUUGAUAAUAUUGAUCAAAACUUUAUUUGUCAAUCAUGUCAUCUAGUUUUUCGACAACCUUUUCAUCUUCGUUGUGGACAUCGACAGUGCCAAACAUGUUUAAACACACAAAAUAACAAUAUUAUUCAUUGUAUCUUAUGUUCUCAAUCUUCUACAAUUGAUGAAAUUUAUUACGAUGAAAAGUUUCAAAAUCAGUUGGAAUAUUUAUUAAUAUCUUGUCCAGUUUGUGAUUGGAAAGGACAAUUGAAAACAUAUGAAAAACAUCUUGAAGAUAAUCAUUCAAACAAAUUAUUUACAUGUGCGUUUUGCAAAGAAGAAGUUAAUCAAAGUAAAGUCUGGGAACAUUACUUGACUUCAUCACAUCAAUUAAUGGUGUUAAACAUUCUCUGUAAUCUACAAAGAAAACACGAUGAAAACCAGAAAUUGAAAUUUUCUAAAAUUCUCGAUUCGCUCAAUAUGACAUCAAAUGAAAUAACUGCGCUCGAUAAGAGUUUGCAACAAAUAAAAUGUGAAGAUCAUCUUCAACACAACACACUUCAACAGUAUGAUUCUCAAAUACUUUUAUUGAAAUUUUUAAGUAAAAAUAUUGAGAAUGAAUUGAAUCGAAUGAAAACUAUUCAAGAUUUCUAUCCACGAGAAAUAUUUCUAUUAAAACAGCAAUUCAAUGCAAAACAAUUGACAGUUUUCGAUGGAAUAUUAAUUUGGAAAAUCAAUGAUGUCAAACAAAAACUAUUUGUUUGCUCGACUUGCCAAGGUCGAGGUGUAGCAGGUACUUUACUUUCUAUGGCUAAGAAUAAUAUUCAAGAUGUUGUUGCUAUGGGACUUGCAUCUUCACAUCCAUAUGCUGUAAUGGCUCAAUGCAACGCUUGCAAUCGUAUUCCAAUUAACUUGAAAUUUAUUGCUGAUCAUGCAAAAGAUAUUAUUGAAAUUUGUAAAAUUCCUUAUAUUUCUCGGAGUCAAGUUAUUGGUUCGAUUUUUGAUAAACAAUCUUCUCAAAUGGUUGAUAUCGACGAGGAACCUGUUUCUCUCAUCAAAACUGAUUUUUUUGUUGAUCAUAAGGAAGUUUUAACAAUAUUAGAAAAAAUUCAACAGACAUGGAUUCUCGAACCUCUUUUAGAAGGUCAUGAAUUUGUGAUCAUAUUACCAACUACAUCUGUUCGCCUUUCAAGAACUCCCUUAAAUACAUCUUCAUCAAAUAGUUCACCAUUAGAGAAACAACCAUCGAUGUAG